CUUCGCCGGCCAUGCCCUCCUCGCCGCUCCGGGUGGCGGUGGUCUGCUCCAGCAACCAAAACCGCAGCAUGGAGGCCCACAAUAUCCUCAGCAAACGAGGCUUCAGCGUUCGAUCGUUUGGUACCGGGACUCACGUGAAACUGCCAGGACCGGCUCCGGACAAGCCAAACGUUUACGAUUUCAAAACGACAUACGAUCAGAUGUACAGUGAUCUGCUUAGGAAAGACAAAGAACUCUAUACACAGAACGGGAUUUUGCACAUGUUGGACAGGAACAAGCGGAUCAAGCCGCGGCCGGAAAGAUUCCAGAACUGCAAAGACGUCUUCGACCUCAUCUUGACGUGCGAAGAAAGGGUCUACGAUCAAGUAAUAGAAGACUUAAAUUCUCGAGAACAGGAGACGUGUCAGCCCGUACACGUGAUAAACGUGGACAUUCAGGAUAAUCACGAAGAGGCGACGUUGGGAGCUUUUCUCAUCUGCGAGCUAUGUCAAUGUAUACAGCACACGGAAGAUAUGGAAAAUGAAAUAGACGAGCUGUUACAAGAAUUCGAAGAGAAAAGCGGGCGGACUUUUCUGCACACGGUCUGCUUUUAUUGAAAGCCCGCCUAUCUCCUCCUCUAGGCCUUACUAUUGCAGACAGAAGACGCAUGAGGUCACGUUCUGGAACGACUGGACUUUUGCCCUUCUCCUCAGAGAGUGACUUUACAACCUA